UUGGUUCAUCUUGUGUACAAAAUGGCUGCUGCUUUUCUGCGACUGUUGACAAAUGUUUGGUCGGCAGCAUGUUUACAGCUAUUAUUUCUUCACUUUCCUGUUGAAAUUUUUCACUGAAAAUGUCGAUACAGUUGAGUUCUAUGAUGAUUAUCUUCUGUGUCGACAAUGUGGACAUGAUAUUACUGAAGCCUCGCAUCUGAAGAGUAUUGCCAGUAGAAUAGCUCUUCAUCAACGUAAUGAUACUAUUUUAGGAGUUCGAGGAGUUUUGCUUCAACUUUUUAGGAAUCCUGCAGGAAAGGAAUUUGAACUUGUAACAGUUUCCAAAGCUGAUGUGAUUGGUGUUACUGGUUGGUAUGAAGACCACACUUGGUUUCCUGGUUACUCUUGGAAAAUUGGAAUCUGUCCUCGUUGUGGACAGCAUGUUGGAUGGUUGUUUCAAGAAAUUGAUAAAGAAGAUGACUCGGCCAUUGAUUUCAUAGGACUAAUUAUGGAAAAAUUAAUCCACCAGAGCUAUGCAGACUCUCUCAUCACUGGUCCUCGCAGCCUUCGUAGCAGAUAGGUGGUAACUUGAAGUGUAGCUCCAGCAUAUAUCAUUCAUCAGAUGACAAGUUGUACAGAGAUAAGCUUGUGUAACAAACUAUGGAACACGGCAAGUUAGCGAGAUAUUGGAUGUCUUAAAGAAGCAUGUAUGAUGGUGUCACUAUAAGUCAAAUACUGACAUAGAUUUGUGAAUAUUUUGAAGGAAUGUAUGCCAUUAUUUAAGUACAAAAGAUUAAAGUUUCCAUUUUCACCAAAUUCUAUAGUAAAUUUAAUAAAUUUGUUAUGUGAAUUUAGAAAAGUUACAAAAUUAUCAAGUUGAUGUUUGGAGCCUGUCCAAACACAAAUCGCAUCAUCAACAUAUCUGUACCAAUGUUUCACAUUUUAUAUCAUUUUCAUCACUAAAUAAUUUCUUCUCUAAGUUAUUCAUGAAAACUUCUGCAAACAAAGGAGAGGGAGGGGACCCACCCCCACUCCUAACUAACCUGUCAUUUUUUUUUAUACAUUUGGUCAUUAAAUUUGAAGUAGUUCUGUUCUAAGCAAGUGGUUAUUAAUGUUUUUAAAUCCUGGACUUGAACAGUUACUUUUUCCUUAUCCAUUAAAUCACUAACAGUUUAUUUACAUUCAUUAACAGGUAUAGAAACUAAAUAACUAUUUGAUCCAGAAAACAAAACAAAUUUUACAUAUCUGUGAAAAAGGUAAGAAACUAGAUAGCCUGGAAAUUUUAGAAAUAAAUAGAAGUCCAAACCAACUUAAGCUCCUCCCCACUUGUUUCAAGGUUACUUCCCAUUCUUUGGUUAAACUACAUAUAUAAACCUGUUUACAAACCAUUUCAGUCUGUACCUAAUAAUGCCUUUACUGGCAAAACCGUACUAAAUGAAGUUUUUGGGAAAUGUACAAUACAUUUUGUUUAUUUCCUCAAUUCUAUAAAUGGUACAUAAAUUUAUAUAAAGACAAAGGGGUGAAGAAGUUUCCCACUCUCCAGUAAAGAUGAAUAUACAGAACAUUCGAAACAUUUAUGUAUUAGCCUUUGGAUCUUCUAACUUCUAGGAUUGUCAGGAGGAAAAGGCCUGAGGAAGAACAACCACCAAGGGAAAAAGUAGAUAAACAAAAAGGUAUAGGUUUAGAAUACUGUUUAUGUAUGGCCAGAGAUGUCAAUUGUGUGUGUGAGAGGGACAAUUAAGCCCCCCCCCCCAAAAGGAAGAAAACAUGAUAAUAAAAGCACAAG